GAUACCAUCUGAACUAUCCGAAAACAUUUCAAAAUCUUUUAGACCAUACUAUCAUCGAAUAUUUGCCCACCAUGUCGAAGCCAUUUGACCCAGAGACGGCGGAGAACUUGGAAGAUAUGGAGAAACAGUUCGCUGUCAAAGCCGUCGAACACCUAAUGACAUACUGGUCCAUCCUCGAAAAAGUCCCCGGCUCCAAACUGCGCCUCACAAAGAUGGACGACGAAAUCUACGAACACUUCAAGCGCGACUUUCCAGACUUUGAUCCGAACGAAACUAUAAACGAGGAUGAAAUGAAGAGCAAAGCUGGCAAGGAGAAGUGGAGAAAGUUUAUGAUGGAAUACGAGAAGAAGAUUAGUGACUAUAACUUUGGCACCAUGUUGAGGUCAAAUCCUAAGUCGGAAUAUGAUCAGGAGACGACGAUAUUCGGUAUGUUUUCCUCCUACCCCCGCUUGGUGGCCAGAAAAGUUGCUGUAUGGUUGGAUUCAAGCAAGAAGGAAGCUAACAUGUGCUUUGUGUGUAGCUAUGCGAAUGCAGUUUUAUGCCGUCGAAAUUGCUAGGAACCGAGCCGGAUUGAAUGAUUGGAUUUAUGAGCAGGCCCAAGCCAAGAAGGAACAAGACAAGGAGUGAAGUCGCUUUGAUACCCCAGACUUGGGUCAGACGCCGGGGCCUCGGAGACCAAUCUUCAGAUCAGCUGCAUAGCAGCAUCUCGGCCUCUCGUGCAAAAGAGAUUCGAUCGGACCAGGGAUCACUGAUCGUCUGUUCGACCUUGAAUCGGUGGUGACGGACUACGGCAUAUGACAACGGACCAUCCGUGUCAAACCGCCCACUCCCAAGAUUUCAGAACAGAUACGAUUAAUUCCUUUAUGCUUUCUAGCCCCCAUGAUACCAUGUAUAAUGACAAAUCACCACGUUCAAGUGAUUUUUUUUACUUCUAUAAAAAAGUCGCAAUGCUGUCACGUGACAUUUCCACACGAAGUUGCGAACAAAGAGGACAAUACUUAGGAUUAAAUGGACCGAAUCCUAUUGUUCUUCCUGAAAAGUAUUAGAUUUGGCUUGACGCUAUCGUAGAGUAUGCUUUUUUAUGAAAUAACAUUAACCAUGUUUAUUCC